AUGUCAUUGUCGUUGUUGACCUUAUACCCGCUGGCGGGGCUUCACGGCUGUCAUGAGCCUCGCUGCUUUUCCUUUUCGCAGUUGAGAGAAUUCCAGCAGCAGCGAGGCAUUGGCGUUCCGUCAGGAGCCAAGAAGAAAAAGAAGACUAAAAAUGGCAGCAGCCCUGAGACAGGCACUUCUGAUGGUCACUCGCCGGAGGAUAUUCAGGACAUUCUGAAGGUGUUGGUGUCCGACCUUAACCAUUCCAAUGGGGUAGCGCUCUCCCCAUUGGACGAUUGGAAGGCGCCCAAAGACCACCCUGCUCCAGCGGCACUACCUUCUGAUGACACCAUGCCCCCUGGUGGUGUCCUCCCCCCCACCGCUACUUCAUCAACUCAGAACUAUGAUCCUGAAAAGGUUCCAUUUGUCCUGUCGGAAAGCACAUUCUCAUCUACCGAGAGCCUGCGGCAGCUUUCCCAGCAGCUCAAUGGUCUCGUGUGUGAGUCGGCACCCUUCGUCAAUGGGGAGGGACUAGCAUCUUCUGCUAAUAUAAAGGCUCUGGAGAGCCGGUACCAAGAGCUAUCUCUAGCCCUGGACUCCAGCAAUCUAACAAACAAACAGCUCAGUAGCGAGAUAGAGGAAUUGAAACAACAGAACCAGGAAAUUGCAGAUCAACUAGAAAAAGAGAAGCAGGAGUAUAAGCAGAAGCUUGCGAAGGAGCAGGGGUCUCUGAGGGAGCAGCUGCAGAUUCACAUCCAGACCAUCGGGAUCCUAGUGUCUGAGAAGACAGAGCUGCAGACAGCCCUGGCCCACACUCAGCAGGCAGCCAGGCAGAAAACAGGAGAGGCGGAGGAUCUUGCUGGUCUCCUGCAGUCUUCCCAGCAGCGCGUCGGGGAUCUGGAGCGGACGCUGUGUGCUGUCUCCACGCAGCAGAAACAGGCGGACAGGUACAAUAAAGAACUCACCAAAACCCGGGACGCGCUGAAGCUGGAGCUGUACAAGAACAGCAAAACUAAUGAAGACCUGAAGCAGGAGAACUCGGAACUGCAGGAAAAGCUCCGGGUGCUGGUGACCGACAAGGAGGCCGCGCAGCUCAGGGUGGAGGAGCUGAGAAAGAAGCUGGAGAUGUCGGAGCUGCUGCUGCAGCAGUUUUCCAGUCAAUCUGAAACCCCUGAUAGCAAGGAGCAGUUACAGCGGGCCCUGGAGGAGCGGGCCCAGCUGGAGACUCAUGUGGAACAGCUGAAGGAUUUGCUGAAGCAGCUGCAGGUGGAGAGAGACCAGUAUGCAGAGAAUCUGAAAGAAGAGAAUGCCCUUUGGCAGCAGAAGAUGCAGCAGAUGUCAGAGCAGAUGUGCCAGCUGAGGGAGCAGAAGGAGCACAGUCUGAGUCAGGUGCAGGAGCUGGAGACCAGCCUGGCCGAGCUGAGGAGUCAGAUAGCUGUCCCCCCACCCCAGGAGGCCCCCGCUGGGCCCUCGGAGGUGGAGCAGCAGCUACAAGCCAGAGCAGAAGAGCUGCAGCAGGAACUGGAGGUCCUGGCAGGGCAGCUGCGGGCCCAGAUUCAGGACAAUGAAGGUCUGAGUCGCUUGAAUCAGGAGCAGGGGCAGCGGCUACUGGAGCUGGAGCGGGAGGCUGAGCGCUGGGGGGAGCAGGCGGAGAUGCGCAAGCAGAUGCUGGAGGACAUGCAGAGCGACCGCACCACCAUCAGCCGUGCGCUGUCCCAGAACCGCGAGCUCAAGGAGCAGCUAGCUGAGCUGCAGGACAGCUUCGUCAGGCUGACCAACGAAAACAUGGAGAUCACCAGCACACUUCAGACAGAGCAGUAUGUCAAGAAGGAGCUGGCCAAGAAGUUGGGCCAGUUGCAGGAGAAGCUGGGGGAGCUGAAGGAGACGGUGGAGCUGAAGAGCCAGGAGGCUCAGAGUCUGCAGCAGCAGCGGGACCAGUACCUGAGCUACCUGCAGCAGUACGUGGCCGCCUACCAGCAGCUGACCGUCGACAAGGAGGUACUGCAGAAGCAGGUCCUGCUGCACUCCCAGCUCGCGGAGCAGCAGCAGCAGGAGGAAGCCCAGAGCCAGGAGGAGGCCAAGAUGGCCCGUCAGGAGCUGCAGGAGACCCAGGGGCUCCUGGAAGCUGUCAACCAACAGAACCAGCAGCUACAGGCCCAGCUGAGCCUCAUGGCUCUGCCUGGGGAAGGAGAGGCACUGGAUGGGGAGGAGACAGAGGAGGCGGCUCCCCGGCCAAAGCUGAGCGUGCCGGAGGACCUGGAGAGCCGAGAGGCCGUGGUGGCAUUUUUUAACACGGCCUUAGCCAGCGCCGAGGAGGAACAGGCGCGGCUGCGCAGGGAGCUGAAAAAGCAAAAGCUACACUGCCGGUGCCUGGCUCACCCGGCAGCUCCGCCCCAGCACCAGCUGGAGGAGACCACAGCCCCCGGUUCCGGGGGCCACAGUGUUUCUGCGGAGACCCACCAGGCCCUCCAAGUGGCCAUGGACAAGCUGCAGGUGAGUGAAGCACGCACAUCACUGAGCCCUGCCCUUCCCCUUCAAGACCUUCAGGAGGUGAGCCUCGCCGAUGGCACGGAGCCGGGCCCCGUCGCUCUGGAGAGCUCCACUGCGCAGCAGAUCAUGCAGCUGCUGUGCGAGCUGCAGAGCCCCCAGGAGUUCCCGGGCCUGAGCAGAAACCCCUGCAUCCCCUUCUUCUACCGGGCCGACAGCGACGCCGGUGUGAAGAUCAUGGUCAUCUGAUAAUUGGACACUACCCUGGAGCCGUGGGCCGGGCGCUGCCCCACCUCCUCCUGCCACCCUUCCCUCCCUCCUACUACUAUUAUAAUACAAGAAUAGACUUAUUUAUUGAUCACACAGGACAGAGGAAGGAGGCGGGGAUGGGGUUGAUUCGACUCUAUUUGUUUUAUUUCGGAAUAAAUGGAUUUAGCCAUA